CAAAAUUAGACGUCACGGCGCCGAAACGUAGGCUGAUCUCUACUUAAAUGUCAAAAGGAGCCUGACAAGUUAUGCUAAAAUUGUCAAAACAGAAAGGCGACGGAGCGGAACAUUAUCCUUGUAAUCUACUACUUCGAACAGAACGAUAAAGCUCUUUGUUCCACUCUUUUUUCUUCUAUGAAGCUAUGGCGUCCAACAACACCAGUUCCUGCCCUGACCCUGGUUCAGAUCUCACUAAAGGAGAAGCUGCCGAGAUCGCUAAAGCAGUCGCAUACCUGUGUAUUUUCAUUCUGUCAACCGUAGGAAACUUUCUCGUGGUGGUGCUCAUACUAAGAGACCGCCGCUUACGAUCAGUCGCUAUCAAUCAGUUUAUUGUGUCUAUGGCAAUGGCUGAUUUACUGACGUCUUUGUUUAACAUGACGAUAGAAAUCUGGAUCCAUAUCAAAUAUUCCACUGGACAGCAAGUUUUCUGGUUGGAUGGAGCUGGCGGUGUCAUUCUUUGUAAGACUAUUGUUUUUGUUCAGGGUCUCUCCAUGGCUUGCUCAGUCCUAACACUUGUCGCCAUGGCCGUAAAUCGGUACUUUGCUGUCUUUUUCCCACUCAAAAUGGGUACCACAAAGUCUCUGUCCACCUUAACCAUAGUUAUUAUUUGGUUGGUCUCCACGGUCACCGCCUCGCCAAUGUUGUACGCCAUGAGAGUCAUCGAGAAACCAGAUGGUACGCUCCAUUGUAUCGAGGAUUGGACGCCUGCAUUUGACAGUAAGAAGUCUCACAGGAACUACACCAUCUUUCUGCUAACUAUACUGUACGCGAUACCCCUCGUUGCUGUCACUAUGCUGUACACAGCUGUUGUUCGAAAGGUUUGGAAGAGGCAAGUUCCAGGAAACAUCACUGCCCCAAAUCAGUCCGUAGAGCUUGUCACAAAGAAACGCGUUCUCAGAAUGCUCAUCACAAUUGUGAUCGUCUUUGGACUCUGUUGGCUUCCAUACUACACUUAUUUGUCUUUGCUCUCCAUCAUUCACGGCUGCCCGCCUGAGUACGUUUCAUUCUUGGGUCUUUUCCUUGGUCAUGCCAAUUCCGCUAUAAAUCCAUGUAUUUAUGCCAUCUUCAACAAAGAGUGUCGUGCUUCUCUGAGGGGUGCUAAAGGGGCAUGCUUUCCCACAAUGCAUGGAAGUCGCGUACCAAUUAUAGCAACAAAUCAGAACACCGUGAGACAGACUGAUUUGGGCUUCGAAGAGACAUCACGAGGACAAGAACGAAGAACGCUUCUGAUCCGCGAGAUAAAGGAGAUGAAGGAGAUAACCCAGUCACCGCUAAGGAUGUCUCCAUUCAAUUCCUAACGCCAUUCACAAGUGCAAUUUACGUGCUCACAAUAAGAGACCAGUUCUUUCCAUGAGAAUGAACAAAUUAAUCAUUUAUUUGCUUUGCAGAAGGGGAACUGUUCCGGGAAUUCAACCUUAUUGAAAAAGGAAUAUCAACUGGGUUGAAUCUUGUGACUUUCACGAUAACAAUACAAUUUUUAAUCUAUUUAUCUGUGCUAUAGAGCCUCUCCGACCUGAACGUCAUCGCUUAUGGAUUCUCCGAGGCGGAUCCCGUUACCACUCUACGGUCGCAACGAGAAAUUAAAUUUCAAUUCAAUGUCGAAAAAAUAAAAAGACAAAAAUGUUA